AUGAGUAAUGUUAAUUCCAAAAUACAUAAUAUAUAUUAUGAUAAAAAUAAAGAAAAUCUUUAUGGUUCAAUUAAUAAACUUCACAAAGCUUUAAAAAAUGAAAAAAUAUCUCAGAAAAAAAUUGAAGCUUGGUUAAGAAGUCAGCCAGCAUAUACCUUGCAUUAUCCAGUAAAAACAAAGUUUCCUAGAAAUCAUUACCUAGUGCAAAAAAUUGAUCAGUUGUGGGAAAUAGAUUUAUGUGAUUUAAAAAUGUUUAAAAAGUAUAAUGAUGGUUACACGUUUUUGUUAACAGUAAUUGAUGUGUUUUCCAAAUUUCCAACAAUUGCAUCAACAAAUAAAGCUGCAGUAAUUGAAAGAUUCAAUCGAACGCUAAAAGAAAAGAUGUUCAAGUUCUUCACGGAAAGUUCAAGUAAAAGAUACAUUGAUAUUUUACCACAACUGGUUAAAAGUUACAAUGUUUCUGUACACAGUACUACAAAAUUUCGUCCUGCAGAAGUUCAACCAAAACACACUACAGAAAUUUAUAACAAUUUUAAAAAACGUUUUAAAAAAGACCCUAAACUAUUCGUUGAUAUUUUCGUUGGAGAUUUGGUGCGCGUACGUAGAAAAAAAGCAACUUUUGAGCACGGAUAUACAGAAAAAUGGACAAAGGAAAUUUUUAUAGUAGAUAAAGUUAUAAAUAGAGAGCCUUAUCCAUUAUUUGUAUUGCACGAUUUGAAGGGUAAAGAAAUAAACGGAAGAUUUUAUUAUCAAGAGUUGCAAAAAGUUUAUGUUUAA